ACGCAGUCGCCAGUCCAGAGGACUGGGUGGGGAACCCCACCCACACAGGAGGUGAGGGCACGGGAUCAAAGAGCUAAGGCGGCCAGGUUUGUUUCCUCAAGUUCCCCCCCCCCCCCCCCCUCAGGAGUUCUUUGGGUCACUUCCCCACCCAAAGGUGACAGGAAGAGACCAGGGUCUAACUUUUUGUUGUUUCUUCCUGCUCCGGGCAAGUCAACGGCGGGAAUGCCGCAGCUCCCGGGAUCGAGCCGACAGCAAGGCGAGGUUAUCUUAAAAAACAAGCCAGAUAACACAGCGUUUACACAGCAGAGACUGCCCGCCUGGCAGCCCUUCCUAUCGGCGGGCUACGUCCUGCCCACCUUCUUCUUGCUGGGACUACUAUUCAUUGGGAUCGGACUCGGCCUGUACUUCACCUCCAACAGUGUCAUCGAGAUCGAGCUGGACUACACUGGCGACCAACCAAACACUUCAUGCUACCACUGUACAAACAACACCAUCAAGAAUUGCAAGUGCACAGUAAAAUUCAAGGUGGACAAGAUGUUGGUGGGCCCUGUUUUCAUGUACUAUGAAUUAUCGAACUUCUAUCAAAAUCAGCGGAAAUACGGAGUCUCCCGAGAUGAUGAUCAGCUGAAUGGGGAUUUGGACUACUUAAAGAAGCCUUCUGAGUACUGCUUCCCAUUUCGCCAAGAUGGUGAAGGACGGCCCAUCGCUCCCUGUGGAGCUAUAGCAAACAGCAUGUUUAACGAUUCCUUUGUGGUGUAUAAGCUGAACAACACUGGGCCUCAAACCAAGGUCCCUUUAAAUGCCAAAGGAAUUUCUUGGUGGACUGAUUACAACGUCAAGUUCAAUAACCCCAAGACGGACAAUGCAACUGAUCUACAGACGGUAUUCAAAGGAACUGCAAAGCCCAUCAACUGGCCCAAACCUGCCUAUGAGUUGGACACCAACCCAGAAAACAAUGGCUUCAUCAAUGAAGACUUCAUAGUCUGGAUGAGGACCGCAGCCUUGCCGACAUUUCGCAAACUCUACCGUCGGAUUGAUAGAGGAUUGGAGCCAGGAAAUUAUUCUGUGGAGAUAAGUUACAAUUAUCCAGUGAUCAGCUUCAGUGGACAGAAACGUGUAACUUUCAGCACCAUAUCCUGGAUGGGUGGAAGGAAUCCAUUCUUGGGAAUUGCUUAUCUUGUCUGUGGUAGUGUCUGUAUUGUUGCAGCAGUGGUAAUGUUCAUAGUUUACGUUAAGUAUCAAGGACAGCAUGUGUUCACAGAGGACUAAUCUAAUGUAUCAUUCAGCUGUGAAGGUUGAGAGGUAAUGUGUUUCAGAGGGCGGUCACUAUAAUUUAACCAAGUUUACUGAUUAACCUAUGGCAGGGAAUAUAAUUCUUUCAUUAUUUGAACUGUAAUGUAUUUAAUACAGAUUAAAGUAACUAAGUUUAAAUACAGAUCAGGUGAUUUAUACAUUCAUUUCAAUAGAUCUUUUUUCCUAUUGAGACAUUAGAAGAUUCAGUAGUAAGGUUUAUUGUAAAGAAAUAUUCCACAUUCUUUGGUUCUUGUACAUAUUUGUUCAGCUGUUAUAAUAAAAUCCUAUUUAACUUUU